AUGGUUUUUGCGUUUGAUCCUGUUGAAUCGGUGAAGAAGCCUGUAAAUCAUGGGCCGUCUCCGAAGUUUCUGGAUUUGGUUACAAAUCUGUUUGUUCCCCUGAACGAGCCAAGACAAGGGCAUUUGGCCAAAUACCACAACAAGAUUGUCAUUGAAAAGUAUCUCAGGCACUAUAAGCUUUCUGUGGGGAAAGACUUUCUGCCUGUGGCAAAAUUGGUCUUGCCGGCCAGAGACAAGGCCAGGGUUUACAUGACCAAAGAGAUAAGACUUGCCAUGAUGAUCUGUCGAAUAUUGCACAUAUCCAAGGAGAACGAGGAUUACAACAAGCUGAUGGGAUGGAAGAAGAUGAAUUUCAACCGAAUCCAGUCGUCCUUAAAGUUUGCAGACCUGCUCACAAACAUAGCAAGUAAACGUCGUGUUGAUAAGCCUGGUGGAGAACUGUCUGUUGACCAGGUCAAUUCCUAUCUCGACACUCUGCGUGAUCUUGCAGAUUCCAACACAGAUGAGAAGGUGAAGGUUUUCGAAGAAGUCAUGGAUAAAAUGGCAAAUAUUGAGUUGCGCUUCUUCUUCAGAAUAGUGCUCAAGAUUAAUCCAAUUCGUUCAGAUAAACUGUUCCUAUACAUGUGGCACCCAAAUUCGCUGGAUGUUUAUGAUCUUACACACGAUCUAGAGGCCGUGUUCUGGGGACUUUCUGAUCCAACGGUUAGAUUGGACUCUAACGAGAAGCAUUCUCGUCCAAUGUAUCCAUUUACGCCCCAGAGAUCUAAGCGGAUUCGUUCUGACUACAAUUCUAUUGCUGAACGGUUUCCUAGUGGGUUUGUGGUUGAGGAGAAGUAUAACGGCGAGCGCAUUCAGUUGCACGUGGAGAAAUCAGAUCAGGGAUACAAGUAUCGCUUCUUCAGCAGAAACGCAAUGGACUACUCCAACAUUUAUGGAAGCUCGUCAGAUGCCGGAUCGUUAGGCUGUAUUGGCCCCUUCGUGGAAGAAGCUCUGGUAGAUGGCAUUCAGAGCUGUAUUCUGGACGGGGAGAUGGUGAGUUACGACCCGAUCAAGAAUGCUACACUACCGUUUUCUACACUUAAGCCUACAGCGCUGAAAGAUCUGAGCACACAAAACAAAGACGACCCCAGACCUGUUUAUAUGGUGUUUGAUAUUUUGCACCUGAACGGGUCCUCUUUGGAGGAUUAUGUGCUCUUGGAUAGGAAAAAGGCUCUCAAAAGAGUUGUAACAUCCGUUCCACACCGAAUCGAGGUUGCUCCGUUUGAAAUCAAAACCACAGGUCAAGAGAUUGAAGAUUCGCUCACUAAUGCAAUUGAAAAAGAUCUCGAAGGACUCAUUAUUAAAGAUCCAGCAGCGCAUUACGAGAUUGGAAACUUUAUAAGCGAAAGCUGGAUCAAGAUCAAGCCCGAGUAUCUGCAUGAGUUUGGUGAGAAUCUCGAUCUAGUCAUUGUUGGUCAGAUUCCGGCUUCGAAGACAACUUACAUCUGUGCUUUGCGAGAAUCGCAAACGAGUGACAAGUUUCUUACCCUUUGCGGUGUAUCUAACGGAUUCUCCAUUGACGACUACCGCCGGAUUCAGCAGUUGACAGCUGGCAAAUGGCGACAAUGGUCUGCAGAGCGGCCUGAGAAUGUUGUGUUUGGAAAGAAAACUCCAGCCAUGUGGAUCGAUCCCAAAGAGUCUGUUGUCAUUGAGGUUAAAGCAAGUUCUAUCAGCGUUCUUUCAGAGAACAACUAUGCCACUGGCUCGACACUGUAUGCUGCAUAUUGUAUACGCAUCAGAGACGACAAAAACUGGGAAACUACAGACACAUUGGAUGAGUUCCAGGAGUCGAGCAAAGCUCACGAUUAUGGAUCUAAACACACGCUUGCCAAGAAACGAAGAUUUAAAUCCAGCAAGAGAGAACGAAUCAUGCGUCGGCUCAAUGAUGGAGCCCCGCAUACGGAGUCAACUGGCCGUCUAUUUGAAAACUACGUGAUUUGCAUCAUGACGGACUGCAUCUUCCAAGGAAAACUGACCACUGUGAGCGAACUGGGCCAGAUUCUUCGGGGAUACGGUGCGACAGUAGUUAGGAAUCAUGGUGCGAUCGUCGAAGAGGACCAGCUGUUCUUGAUUCUGGCUGACAAGAUCACCAUGGACAUUGCCGAACUUCAGCAGACGUACAACAUCUUCAAAGCCAAAUGGUGUGAGGACUGUAUACUGAUGAACAAACUGGUGAACCUUGAACCGUCGCAUAUAACUGCUUGUGAAGAACGUCUGAUUGAACAAAGUCAGUUCAAUGUUGACUCUUAUGGGAACAGUCUGGAGGUUGAUUUGACUGCAUAUCAAUUUGAAAAGCUCGUGGAGCAGAAUUAUCGGCAGGAAAAUCACGAAGUUACGGUGGAGGAUAACUCGAGCAUAUGGAAUCUGUUCAUAUUCCACGGACUACAAUUUCAUGUGCUAUCCUCGCAGCGUAACCAGUUUGAGAUGGUUCGCAGCAUGAUCGAGGCGGCUGGCGGAAUAGUGUCCGACACCCCAGACGGUUGCGGAUAUAUCGUAGUACUAGCUUCGACAAUUGACGAGCUGGAACGGCACAUCCAAAACGCAUCCAUCAGCAACACCCAUGUCCAAAUCGUUUCUUCCUCCUUUGUCGUUGAUUCGUUCACGCAAGGCGUCCUGCUGGAUGCGUCUAAUUACAAAGUUACCAUUCCAACGACACCUCGCACCGAUGUUUAA